AUGCCAAACGCAUCUCGCAAACACAGGAAGAAAUUCGUCCAUUCUCGGAGAAUUGAAGUUACGGAUGAAGAUGGCUGGACACAUGUGUCAAACACUCACACUUUACCCUCGGCAUCAAGAUCGACAAGAAGAACAAUGACAGAUGGCGCAGCCGAUGAUGACGACAUCCUCGCCGAUAAUAAUAAGUCUACGACAACAAGACAAUUAUUAGCACCAUCGGAACCACCCGCAAAACUAACCCUCACCGAACUCCGGAAACAAUUCAACACCCAUCUCGAAACAUGGGAGUCAUCGCCGACAUGGCAUCAACUCAAAGACGCAUUAUCAAAAGAUAUUCUUCCGAGUCAGAGUGCGCAUGCAAUUGAGAACGUGGUCUGCAUCGGUCUCGGGUCACCCAGCGGUUUUGUGCAAGGUGGAUGGGUCGAUCGGAGGAGUGUGGCGAUGUAUCAGCUCGCUGCAUUGACGACCAUGAUCGACUGUAUUAAACAGUAUCAUGCUACUUCUACGCAGAAGGACUCUACAGAAAUGAAGAUAAUUGCCCAAGACCCAGUCUUCAAUACCCUCGACAUCCAAAUCCUCUCUUCUCUCGGCAUCGCAGCCGUGGAUUCGCCGGAGGGCUUCAAUGCUGUUUCCGAAAAGACAUUCCUGUUUGCGCCUGGCGCUGAAAGGAGACAUCUAGGGCUGAUGUUACCGUCAAAUCCAGUGAUGGUGUUUGGUGGUCCGCUGGAGGAGGGACCUUCGUUGACAGCUCGCAGUUUAGAUGACGGCAAUGAUGAUACUAAUGAAAAGGAUGAUUUGAAAUAUCUAAGCGAGUAUGUGGCUUAUACACGGUCUGUCAAGACAUUGGAGUUCGAGGCGAGGCCGGAGGCGUUUUGGAGGAUGAGGGUUUAUUGGCGCGAAGACCAGUGA